CUGCUGCCUGUGCAGGAAGGGGCAGAGGCGGCCGCCACAACGUUUCGGGGGACGGCGGCCCCCCAGGCCACGCCUACGGGCAGCGGCAGUUCCAAGAAGAAGAUGAGGAACCAGCAGGGGCUGGAGUGAGGCCUUCAUCCUCUCCUUACUUGCACCAGAAGGACCUCUCGAGGUGUCUAAUCAGCUUAGAAGGGAAGAGCUAUGGCGCGUAUAAGGAUCUGAUAGGGUGUUGGGAAGUGAACGAAUUCACAUUAUAUCUUGACAAAGUUCAGUCGGACCCGUUUGCGCCUCCGAGUCGGUUUAGGCUGCGGCUUCCGCAGGCCCACGCCCAGUUUCCACCUCAUUUAUAUUCCUCUUAUAUUCGAAACGUCGCACUCUGUGAUUUCCUCACCCGCAAAUUCUUUGAAACAAUUUCACGAGGGGGGAUUGUUGGCCCUGAGGACGGGGCCCACCAUGGCGGCUGGCAUGAUAGCAAGCCCGAUACAAUACGCAUUGACAAGCCCGGUCAGUACGUCUUCCCAAGGUCUUCAAUGGUUGUCAAUUCUGAAUAUGUAGAGGCUCGCUGCACCAUUGGACUGCCUGCCCGAGGCCGUCGGAUCGAAGGGCGAAGAGCCGCCACCCUCCUGUGCAGCAAAUUGCCCGAGCUGGUUCGCAGCGUGAUGCACUAUUCCAGCUUAGACGCUGGGGCUCUGAAACGCCACGUGGAAUGCGUAGAAGACCAGGAAUCUUUGCGGUCACAACUACGCGGACGCAAUUUGAGCGCCUUCGUGGCAAAUGGAGCCUGCUUGCCUCGCCGCAGUGGCGUUGAGGAUACCCCUAUGACUAGACAACAAGAGCCGAAUUUAGUCCUAUUCCAGUCUCCGCCCGACUUAGAAUGCGAGUUCACGCUUCCCAACUCUGGAACAAGUGAGAUGUACAUCAUGGGAAUGGGCAUCCCCCGAGGAAUAACACUGAUUGUUGGUGGCGGUUUUCAUGGCAAAUCAACAAUGCUGGAGGCUUUGCAAAUGGGCGUGUGGAACAAGAUACCAGGGGACGGCCGGGAGUUCGUCAUUACAGAGCCAAACGCAGUGAAGAUACGGGCGGAGGAUGGGAGGGUCGUCACUUCUGUUGAUAUUUCGCCCUUCAUUAGCAACCUGCCAUUUGGAAAGAGCACUGACGCGUUUUCAUCUGCAGAUGCGUCAGGCAGCACUUCUCAAGCCGCCAACAUCAUGGAGGCUUUGGAGUUCGGGGCAACAGCGCUGCUGAUUGAUGAGGACACAUGCGCAACGAACUUUAUGAUCAGAGAUUGCCGCAUGCAGGCGCUUGUUGCCAAGGAGAAGGAGCCCAUAACUCCUUUCCUGUUUAGAGUCAAACGGCUAUUCACCGAGCUCGACAUUUCCACUAUCAUGGUGAUCGGCGGCAGUGGAGACUUCUUCGAGGUGGCUGAUUUGGUUCUCCAGUUCGACAAAUACCAAGCCUACUCGGUCACAAAUCAAGCCAAAGCUAUAGCUCAAGAGUUUGAAAACAGCAGUGCCGGAAAGGAUCAUGAACUUUCUUUGCCACUAAUGCUAAGUCCCUCAGAAGGCAAGGCUCGUCUAAUUACAGGCGUGCUGCAUGUUGUUACUACACAGAUUGUCUACGGCCUAAUGGCAAGGUCAAGCACUCUUCGACAAAUGAUAGAGGCGCAGUACAAAAUGAUUGUCCAGGCGUCUUCAGCAAAUGACACUAAGUACCCUCGACUGGACUGGCUGAGCACGUGGGACCACCCCGUGGGUGACUUGGCGCUGCCACGAGAGCUCGAGAUUGGAUUCGCGAUCAGCCGUCUGCGGGGCUUGAGGAUACGGGACACAGUCUGA